GAACAAGUGAAGCCUGUGAGUCAAUGGGGUGGAUGCACAAAUGAUUCAGAAAUGUUUCCACAGUGUUUGAGGAUUAGCUUCAGUUUUCCCAGCACGCUUCGGAGUGACGUCACGGCGAUGGACCUUCCCCAAACACAUGAGCAGCAGGAGCUCAUCUGUUGGACAGUGAAACUAAUCAGAAGCCAAGUGAAGUCUUUUCAGCACUGCUAACAACAACAACAACAACAAGGCUAGGAAAGCUCGUCAAGUCGACUGUGCAGCGAAGCCAGGAAUUCGAGACUAUUUCCCCUGCGUUACAGCGCCUAACAAUUGCGCUAUGCUUUAGAAACAAGGUUUAGUGCUUCGAGAGGAAGAAGGCGAGCAGCCUCCGGACGGACGUCAAGCCGAAGCUCGCGGCUAGCUCGCGCGCGUUAGCCGGGGGAAGGAGUGUGCGAGCGUCGGCAAGAAAAUGGAGUUGGACGACGCCGUCCUCUACCAGGACGACUCCCCCAACUCGACCGUGAUGUCCGAGCGGGUCUCGGGUCUGGCCGGUUCCAUAUACCGAGAGUUCGAGCGGCUCAUCGCCAAGUACGACGAGGACGCGGUGAAGGAACUGAUGCCGCUCGUCGUCGCCGUGCUGGAGAACUUGGACUCUGUGCUGGCUGUCAACCAGGAGCACGAAGUGGAGCUCGAGCUGCUCAAGGAGGACAACGAGCAACUCGUCACGCAGUACGAACGAGAGAAGUCGCUGAGAAAGCAUAUCGAAGAGAGGUACAUUGCAAAUGAAGACUCCUUGGAUGGCGAGAGGAAGGAUCUCCAAGGUCAGGUGGCGACCCUGGAGUCACACACUCGUCAGCUGGAACUAAAAAUGAGAAACUACGCAGAUCAAAUCAUCAGGUUUGAGGAGAGAGAAGCGGAGCUCAAGAAGGAGUACAAUGCUCUCCACCAGAGACACACUGAGAUGAUCCACAGCUACAUGGAGCACUUGGAGCGAACUAAACACCAGCAUGCAGUAACAGCGGAGCCUUCAGAUACGGGCACGGGCACCUCUGCUAGAAUGCGGAAGGAGCGUCCCAUCUCCAUGGGCAUCUUUCAGGUCCCAGGGAUCGAUGGCGUGAGCACUGACCUCCAGAGGGACCCCGUGGAUGUCCAGUCUGAAGCUUGGCGAUUCAAUAACCUCAGCCGUCCCAUGUCCAACACCAGUCUCAAGGAUGAACUGGCCAACACGAGCCACGAAGGAUCGAAAUCUAACACGCCAACCAAGCAGGGAGGUGUCUCCAAACAUGCUCCAUCAUCGUCACAAGGAGGAACAUCUAACACCCCAGUGUCUCACAUAUGUAGCUUGAAAACAAACACCACCUCAUCUGCGAAAAGUGGUGAUUGUCAAACGUCUGCGCCACCAUCGCCUCGUGGCACGGCGUGUAGCGAUACGAGCGCAUCAUCCAGCCUAGCGAGCGUUUCUGGAUCUCCCGUUGCCUGGGCUGUUGCAAAUCAGGAACAAGGUGGCCUCAAUAAGAAUUUGGACUACAACGCUGGCAAACCCAACAUCAGUAAGAGCAUUUCAACGGUGCAGGGUCAACUGGCACAGGAGAAUCAAGAGCCUGCAAGUGCGCUUCUCAACGAUGGCAAAAACAACCUGGAAAAGUCUGAGGUGUUGGCGAUUAUAGAGUCCACUCCUGAGUUGGACAUGGACCUUGAUGGCUGCCAAGGAACAAGCACACCCGCUAAAGGUGGCAUAGAGAAUCUAGCAUUUGACCGGAACACAGACUCUCUGUUUGAGGAGCUGUCCUCUGCAGGAAAUGACUACAUAGGAGAUGUUGAUGAAGGAGCAGACCUUUUAGACUACAACUUUUUAGGUAUGGGCCGUGAAGUCGAACAUCUUAUUCAGGAGAAUGCACAACUUCUGGAGACAAAAAAUGCCCUCAAUGUGGUAAAGAAUGACCUGAUUGCGCGAAUGGAUGAGCUGUCCUGCGAGAAGGAGGUCCUACAAGGGGAGCUUGAAGCCGUCACUAAGGCCAAGAACAGAUUAGAGGAGAAGAGCAAAGAUUUAGAAGACGAAUUGAAGAAAGUUCGAGCUGAACUUGGGGACAGCAAACGCAAGUCUAAGACCGAGAAUGAGGAUGAUAGCGACGUGCCCACGGCACAGAGGAAACGUUUCACCAGGGUGGAAAUGGCCAGAGUCCUGAUGGAGAGGAACCAGUAUAAGGAGAGGCUGAUGGAGCUGCAAGAGGCUGUCAGAUGGACAGAGAUGAUUCGGGCAUCAAAGGAAAACCCAGCACUUCCAGAGAAGAAGAAAUCCAGCCUCUGGCAGUUUUUCAGCCGUUUGUUCAGUUCGUCGGGCGGCGCAUCUAAGAAGCCUGCUGUGGAAGCCCCAGUCAACGUGAAGUACAAUGCGCCCACCUCGCAGAUUCAACCUUCCGUCAGGAAGAGGAGCAGCGCCUUGCAGCAGUUGCCCAGUGACAAGAGCAAAGCCUUUGAUUUUCUCAAUGAGGAAUUGGCAGUGGAUAGCAUCGUGUCCAGGCGAGAACAGAAGCGGGCGCAGUACCAGCAGGUUAAAGCGCAUGUCCAGAAAGAGGAAGAGGGCAGAGUGCAGGCUUACGGCUGGAGCUUGCCCAAGAAGCACAAAAGCAACGGCGGUCAGGAGACGAUAAAGGACCUACCGGUUCCGGUCUUCCUUAGACCUCUGGAUGAGAAAGAUGCCUCGAUGAAGCUGUGGUGCGCUGCCGGUGUGCACUUAUCCGGAGGGAAAACCAGAGACGGGGGUUCCAUCGUGGGAGCCAGCGUGUUCUACAGCAACGUGUCAGGACCGGAGAGUCCCGAGAAGAAAGUAGGAUCUCAAAGCAGCCUCGAAAAACUGGAUCAAGAACUAAAGGAACAGCAGAAGGAACUACGACAACAGGAUGAAUUGUCAUCGCUGGUGUGGAUUUGUACCAGCGCUCAGUCGACUACUAAAGCUGUAGUCAUUGAUGCCAACCAACCCGGAAUCAUCCUGGACAGCUUCUUUGUGUGUAAUACACAUGUCCUCUGCAUCGCCAGUGUACCAGGCGCAAGAGAGACGGACUAUCCAGCAGGUGAGGAACUAACCCAGAGUUCAGAGUCUGCGUCAGUCGAAAAGGCCCGUUGGCGCGACAGCAGUAGCGGCGCGGCAGGCGGCGGCGGCGGCGGUGUGCUCGGAGGCAUCACUGUCGUGGGCUGUACAGCUGAGGGAGCAACAGCCGUCCCUCGGACGGCAGAAAAUGGAGGGACGGAGGCCACUGAGGAGAGUGGAGGGUCUUCAUGUCAGAGAGGCGUAUACAGUCAACAUGUCUUCACUGAUCCUUUGGGGCUGCAGCAGACAGUAGAGACUUCCGCCAACUCCUCUCAAAGAGAGUGUGACCUGGUGAAAGAUGGCAUGAGUUCAAACUCCACUGCUGAGGAGCAGGAUCUGAUGAGAGAAGAGGCUCAGAAGAUGAACAGCGUCCUGCCCACGAUGUGGCUCGGAGCGCAGAACGGGUGUGUGUAUGUCCACUCAUCUGUGGCGCAGUGGAAGAAGUGUCUCCAUUCUGUAAAGCUGAAAGACUCCGUACUCGGCAUAGUGCACGUGAAAGGGCGCGUCCUGGUCGGCCUUUCCGACGGCACGUUAGCCAUCUUCCACCGUGGAGUCGAUGGACAGUGGGAUCUGAGCAACUACCAUCUGCUUGACCUGGGGAAACCUCACCACUCCAUCCGCUGCAUGACUGUGGUACACGACAAGGUGUGGUGUGGUUUCAGGAACAAGAUCUACGUGGUGCAGCCCAAAGCCAUGAAGAUAGAGAAGUCAUUCGACGCGCACCCCCGUAAGGAGAGCCAGGUGCGUCAGUUGGCUUGGGACGGCGACGGCAUCUGGGUGUCCAUCAGGCUGGACUCCACGCUCAGGCUCUUCCACGCCCACACUUUCCAGCACCUACAGGAUGUGGACAUUGAGCCUUAUGUCAGCAAGAUGUUGGGUACGGGGAAACUGGGCUUUUCAUUUGUGCGGAUCACGGCUCUCAUGGUGUCGUGUAAUCGGCUGUGGAUCGGUACCGGCAACGGAGUCAUCGUUUCGAUCCCUCUCGCAGAGACAGCUAACAAGCAAACCAAGGGAGCAGAUGACCGUCCUGGGAAUGCGAUUCGCGUUUACGGUGAUGAGAGCAGUGACAAAGUAGCGGCAGGGACAUUUGUGCCAUACUGCUCCAUGGCUCAUGCCCAGCUCUGUUUCCAUGGACAUCGUGACGCCGUUCAGUUCUUCACUGCCGUCCCGGGUUAUGCCCUUCCAUCUGCAUCCAGCUGUGGAGAUGCGUCGGGGGACAAGACGUCAGAUGCCGCAUCUCAGGAUGGAACCAAGUCUAUGUUGGUGAUGAGUGGAGGAGAAGGCUACAUUGACUUCAGGAUGGGAGACGAGGAGGGGGAAGCGGCUGAAGGCGAGGAUGCGCCGAGGAAACUUAAGUCCCCCCCGUCUAUCGCCGAGCGCAGCCACCUCAUCGUCUGGCAGGUCCUGGACCACGAGUGAUGACCUCUGACCUCGGGACCCUCAGGCCUGCCCCAAGCACUUUGUUUUCAAAACCAAACAAUAAGACGUUAUCGUUUGUUGUAUGCUCAGUUAUUGGACCCGACUGUUUUUCAGUGGAUACAAAAAUGUUAUUUAUUUAUUCAGCACAUCGAUUUUACUGCUCAGUCAUAAACCCAUGCAUACUCCAGUAAAUAAUGUUGUGUGUUAUGGUUUAAUGCAAGUCGUACAAGCUGUUGAUCUAUGAAAUAAUGGACGGGCAAUAAUGUAAAGCGAGACAAAAAAAAAAAAACUGACAAACUCAAUGGGAACACUUUUGGUUGUUUUCCAGUCCCGAAAUGUAAUGGAGUGUCUUUCAACACCCGCAAUCUCCCCAGUCUUGGACAGGGAUUAUUAUUAUUAUUAUUAUUAUCGUGAUUAUCGAAAUAUCUAUUUGAAUAUGCGACCACAGUACAGGCGGCCCCAUUUUGUGCCUUUUUUGUGUGUGACAUUGUAAUGACCGAAUCUUCUGACAAAUGAACGUGGGUGUUUCCCAUGAACGGCUGCGCCGAGGACCCGUGGCGCCGACGCCGCGACAAACGUCGCACGGCUUGGACUCGGCGGAUCCGUCGGGGACGAUCGAAAAGAGAACAUCAUUGCGCAGUCGCGCAUGCGUUUCCAAAUCCUCGGCAGGGGGGCGAUGAUGGAGAACAUUCAAUAGAAAAAUGCACGAUCAGCAAUAUUAUUGGAUGCUUUUACCAAUAUUACAAAGACCUUUAUGUUCUGGGUUGUUUACCAGCAAAAAAGACAAUUAUUCUUUUUCUGAAACAUUUUUUGAUAUGAUGGAAAGAUUGUGAAUUUUUGUCUGACAACUCAGCUUUGACACUAAUGCACGAGAAACAUCAUGGCUAUUACAGUGACAUAUAUAUAUAUAUAUAUAUAUAUAUUUGAUUUGACAGAGUUAAGCUAAGGAAUCCCAUUGCAUAUUGUAUCGCUUUCCUUCAUUGAACUCGUUUUCAAAACCUUUACACAGUUAAAAGAAUGUCAUGAAUGCUACCAAAGGAUUAUUCAUCAAAGCUCGCCACAUGCCGAAUUAACAAUUGUCUCUCCUCGGAAUGUGGCAGCCUCUUAUGCAAACAUGCAUAUUUGUUUUCGUAAGAGAAAUCUUUGUAAAUGUAAAUAAGAUGUAUUUUUAGUGUUACGUUUGGAAAAUGAGGCCGAAUAUUUUCAUAGUGAGAGAGAAGACACAAGUGUUGUGUGGUUGCGCCUCAGCAUUUACAGGUUUUGACAGCAAUAUCGACAUUUCUGCACAAAAUAUUAGCUUUUAUUUGAAUGAACCUUUUAAUGUCUUCUUUUGUGGUGGUGGUGGUGGUGGUGGGCCUCUGUAGCGCAACACUGCAACGCUUUGUGUGUGUUGCCUUUUUUCAGUUUUCCCCAGCAUAAGAUGUGGUCUGAAGGUCCGUUCCCAGCGUGCGUCCGCGCUUGUGCGUCCGCGGUCCCCUCGAGAUAAGACAAACGCGAUCACCGUUUAGCCAUUUCAGUAUUUAUUUCAAUGAUUGAGCCUUUGCAAUUCAGAAUGUUAUGUUUGUCCAUGGCGUAUAGAUUAUCGAGGAUGUAUGACACACGGCCACGCUUUGGUUUCCCUGCCGUAGAAAAUGAGCAGGGCGAGGGGCGACUUGACUGAGCGAUGCGCGAUAUCUGCAGGGAGAGAAGUGAACUGUGCUUCUAAAAGUGGACAAAACGGCCAAAGAAUUUGGGAUGUCUGCACACGCUUCUCCCGGCUCGAAUCUGCAAAAUGAUUGUCAGGGAGUGUUCCAAGUUAGCAGUACACGUUGUUAGCAAUCCAUUAAAAGAGGGUUCAGUGGGCAGAUUUCCUUUCGAUUUGGUCUUUUUCCUCCUUUUACGAGAGUGGUUUCAGAAGUAAAGCUAACUAGCAAACUCGUCCCCGAACGCAACAGUAUCAUUUCUACGUGGUUAGCCUAAUAGUGCCUUGGUCGCGUGUGAACAUUUUUGGGAGACGUAGUCAACAAACACUACAAGUCUACGGUAGUUGCUCGCUGUUCUCUAACAAGGAGCGCAACGGCAUCGUUCGCAAGUGCCUUUCGGUGACUCAAAUCAACUUUUUACGGAUAGGCCUAUUGCGCAUUUCAUGCAUUCCAAAUGCAACACAAAGUGCUGCUUCUGGACUUCGCGGAGAUCAAAACCGAAAAGAAAAAUGGCACCUACUCUUGCCGGUCACGUCAUUGCGUCAUUCGCAUACGACCGAUCACGUUCCUUUUUCACGGAAAGCUUUUUCAAAGGCCAACAACAAAACAAAACCAAAAAAUAAUAAUGUCCUUCAAUGAAAAGCCAACCUUUUAAAUGAUUAAGCGUUGAAAAAGUGCGUAAAGAAAACGUUGAUUCAAGCUUUGUUCUAUUCUUUCGCAAGACAAACGGGGCUGACUGUCCUUUCCCGCCGUCGACCGAUACAUUGACAUCGAGCCCUUGCUUUCCAUCUUCCGUUGGGCCAUUUUCGGGAAGCUGCGGGGACUGGUAACGUGAUUGCUAAUGACCGCGAGAGGAAAGGAGGGCGGGGGGCUCGCUGGUCUCGACUCACGCGAGAUUUGUAGUGUUAGUGCUGCAUGCCGGCGGGUCUCGCGGGACCAAUAUAAUUACGUCACGUGCCGAAGCCCGAGUUUGACCUACGCUAUGUGUCACGUGGAAGCAAUUGACAAAUUCCUUGUGUGUUUUUUGGACAUACUUGGCAAAUAAAGAGGAUUCUGAUUCUGA